AUGUGUAUAUACAGGAAUAAAAAAAAACAUACAAAAAAAAAAAAACAAAAAAAAUUUGGCAACACGAACUCUACUUCUUUACCAACCAUGUCUUCAGACAACGACCUUAAACAUGCAUUGGCAGUGACUCCAUUUGCACAUAUGGUGCCGAAACAGGGACUAUACGGACUUGUGUGUCCCCUGCCCUUACCACAAGUUGAAUCGCCAGACACCAAGCAUGGCAUCAAACAGAUAGAUCUAGACAGCGAGGAGGUAAUGACAUUACUAGGCAACGACUUGCUAGAAGCCAAUGAUCCAGCAGUGUUCUUUCGAGAGUUCCUGAAAACCCACCACCCUACCUCCUCCCCCAUACCGCUAGCCUCCACUGAAUUGCAACUCCUCAAAUCCCCUAUCCACUACGUCAACCCUCUAUCUACGUCCGUGCAGUGCCCACGCUUAUCGGUUAGAAAGAAAUACAACCCAACCGAAAUGGACCACCACAACAAGACCUACGAAAAGAAAUUCAAUAAGGCCUCAACAAGCGAACUCAAAGUGAAACGGCCAUCACCACCACCACCCGCCCCUGAAACUGCCCGAAAACUAGUCAAACUUGCCCCCACAACCCCAAAUCUAACCGAUCUACUUGACAACAAAUCCUUUGAAGAAAUACUAGGCUUGAUCAACGCACCGGGAAUCGACCUCAACAUAGACCAGUCCAAACGCGUGUUGUCGGUCUGCAAGUCCUACCUAUCGACCACCAAAGACCAUACACUGGCUUCCUUAUCUGCAUGUGUGUGUAUUGCCACAAUUAUGAACAAAAACGUAUUCAACAUGUCGUUCCGUGUUGACGAUACCUUCACCGAAGUGGGGGCCUGCGUGUACCGGUUUGUCCAUACCAUCUUGCCAGACUCGUCGGACUUGGACAUCCUGAAUCUUUGUAAAUUGCUAAGAGAACUUGGUUUUAUCGGUACAGGAGCGCUUUGCGACGAAGACUCACUCACCAAACUCGAAAUAUCCGCCAUCCACAUCCUUUUUGAAGAGCUGUUCCCCACCAACGAUUUCUCCCUGCUCAGGCACGCUGCGGCGUCAUUUAUCACAGAUGUAUACCACGGGUGCCACACUCAGAGACGGUUCCUACUAAACGAAUUGUCAACAAAUUUCCUACGAUUGCCAACCAAAAAAACCGAGGCGAGAAACUACCGUACCCAUAGAGGAUUCAAUAUCCUGGUGUUCACCACUGUCGCCAUCAAAUUCUCCCAAGAAGAGGAUGACGCAAACGUCCUUGCCGGAGAACUAAUCCUGCGAGUAACCACAAACUUCGAUACCACCGCCAAAUCCUUGCUUGAAUUGCUAGUCGAAGACUUGAUCCAGCUUUUACGAUUUUGUGAAUGGGCUGCAUCAGCCGCCUUGUUGUCUGGUCUUGCAAAUGCCAUGCUAACAACCAACACACCACAACUGGAAGUGUUUUUCUUAGAGCUUUUGGGGACAAUCUGUGCUAAUGUAUACGACAUAAAGAAACACAUGGGCCCAACCAUCUAUCAGGAACUUUCAGACGAGUGCACACGGUACGGAACCGAAACCGACGUCGUCUACAUGACAAAAAUGUUUGGAAGUUCCAAAAAAUCCUAUAUCGAGCUUUUACUACACGAUUUGGAUAAAUUCUGCAACUCGUUCCUAACUUCGUUGUGCAAAUGGUUAAACUCCCCCAAAAUAAAACUCAAAACCAAAGCUGUCAAAGUGUUGAGUCUUUUAUCAGACAAACAACCCAAUUUACUAAACUCAAAGGUGUUGCAGCUGGCUUUAUCGGCAAGACUAUGUGACGACGCUACUCUGGUCAGAGACGCAGUUUAUGAAUUCAUAGGCAAGUACAUCAAGGCCCACCCGAAAGAAGCCGAUAAUUUCCACACCUCCCUAUGCAAUGCUUUAUCGGAUGAAGGGGUUUCUGUCAGGAAAAAGGCAAUAAGACUAACCAAAGAAAUCUAUCCCAUGUUCAGCAAAACCUCCCGCAUAUCAAUAGCCGCAAAAAUGUUGAAACGGUUAAACGACGAAGAAGAGAGUAUACAAAAAGAAGCAGCAUCUAUGUUAGUCGGUUGUUGGAUGACUCCAUCCAACCAGGCCAUUUCGGAAAUGAUCACUCUCGCAAUGUCCCACCACAAAACCCAAGAAGCAUUGCAGACCUUCCUUGAUGGGUAUGUCCUACAAGAAAACUCGGUGGAUUUUCUCAUUGACACGCUUCUAGAUAUGGUGGGGGACGAUUCCUCCUCCAAAGAAGGGCCAUUAUUGCUUCUCUCAGUGUGCAGCACCAGCAAACCCCAAUUGGUCGGCCAAGACCAACUCAUUGCAUUACAGCCAUUCUUAACCGACAGCAACAACAUCACCACAAAAUCGUACCAGUAUGGCCUAAGAAUACUCAAAUCCGUUUUGCCCCUCAUCUCCUCAUUGCGACCACAAUUCAUCGACCCCGUCCAGGAAUUCUUGUUUGCCAAACUCACAAAAAUGACAAAAAAGGAAUUACAUGAAGCAGUACCCAGUCUAUGGCAACUAUGCAAGAUCAAACUGGAUUUCACCAAAUUGGUUAAUGCAGUCAUCUCAACCAUGAAAAUGAUAUGGAAAUACAAACUGGAACCCGAUGUCCGUCUCGCCAAACUUAUCCAGCUCUUGGCGUGUUUGGUCAAGCAUUGUGAUUUAGAGCCAUUCCACGAUAUGUUCCUAAAAGCAAACCUUGGCCUUAAAAAGAACGAGACGGUGGUGUCGUUGGCCGUCAAGUACAUACUCACCUUUUGCGACAAAUCUUCAUCUGUCCGAUCCAGUGCAGUCACUAACCUCCUCGUCGCAUGCUCCAACUCCCCACGAAUUUUAAUGUCGCCACCGGUACUUACAGUCUUUGACCAGUCGCUCGACUCAACCCCAGAAACCAUCAAAAGCCUCCUUCAGACCAUGAUCGACUUUAUCCAGGAAAGAGAUAAAGUCUCGGUUGCUGCUACAACGAGCUUGGAAGAUAUUGUCGAUGACGCGUGUCCUGGUCUAGUCCAACGGUAUAUCGAAAGGAUCUUGGCUCUAAGCCUUGCCGACAAGGGCCAGCUUGCAUACUUACCAUUCCAGUUUGUCCAGGUCGCAUUAGACCUAGGUUUCGCCAACCCGAAAAUUUGCAUAUCAACAAUAAUUGCAUUGGAAGCAUCGUUAGAAACCAUUGUCCACUGCUCGGCAGUGGCCAUGCACCAAAAGUUGUUUGACAAGCACGAGUCGCUAGUAGACUCCAACUACCACGAAAGCAUACGCAAGGCAUAUGAUGCAGGUCUCACCUCCCCUUCCUUCUUCAACUCCAUCUACACAAUAAUAUACCGCUCUAAAACUUCAAGAAAUAAGUUUCUUAUAGCAUUGACAAAGGUGUUGACGCUUGGCAAUGCCCGUUUCUUAUUGUUUUGUGUCAACAGAAUUGCCGCCACCAAUUUCAAAUUCACCGAAGAUGUCUUGGUGGUAUUGACUCACUUGCAGGACCAGAUCCGUGUUGAUGGGGCCGACCUCGACCAACCCCAGGCCAUAUCCAUCUGUGCACUAAUAGAGUUGUACCGCCAUCUCACUACUGCCUACAAAAUAUCAGACGAACAAGUCGAAGCAUACGCAACUGGCGCUUCAGAUAUCGAUUCAAAACAUCCUAUAAAAACAAAAACACACGACAGACUAGAUCUAACAUGGAUAACCGAAAACCUCAACAACCCUUCUUGCUUGGCAGAAUGUGUGGAGACUAUCACCAAAUUCACUUAG